AUGGACACCAACGGACUGGAACUCCGACCGUCGGUUCCUCCACAACAGACACAGGACACCACACAAGAGAUGCAGCUGACGGCCGCUCCAGGCUCAUCCGUGGUGGCCGCCAGUGCUUCCACCGAGAGCGAGACAGGACAACCACUGGAGACAGGACAACCACUGGAGACAGGACAACCACUGGAGACAGGACAACCACUGGAGACAGGACAACCACUGGAGACAGGACAACCACUGGAGACAGGACAACCACUGGAGACAGGACAACCACUGGAGACAGGACAACCACUGGAGACAGGACAACCACUGGAGACAGGACAACCACUGGAGACAGGACAACCACUGGAGACAGGACAACCACUGGAGACAGGACAACCACUGGAGACAGGACAACCACUGGAGACAGGACAACCACUGGAGACAGGACAACCACUGGAGACAGAACAACCACUGGAGACAGAACAACCACUGGAGACAGAACAACCACUGGAGACAGAACAACCACUGGAGACAGAACAACCACUGGAGACAGAACAACCACUGGAGACAGAACAACCACUGGAGACAGAACAACCACUGGAGACAGAACAACCACUGGAGACAGAACAACCACUGGAGACAGAACAACCACUGGAGACAGAACAACCACUGGAGACAGAACAACCACUGGAGACAGAACAACCACUGGAGACAGAACAACCACUGGAGACAGAACAACCACUGGAGACAGAACAACCACUGGAGACAGAACAACCACUGGAGACAGAUACACGUCUCGUGGGCGACGGUUGCUUCCGUUUGAGAAUAACGUCUGCCAUCUCCUGUGAUAAGUAA